AUGGCAUUAAACCGAUUUAAUUUUACUUACGAAUGUGUUUACAACUUGAUUGAACAAGGAGUUGUCGAAGAUAUUAAUACAGUGGUUCCACUUAUGGGUGGUUUAAGGCUGCUUCAUAUAGCAACUUUUAAUAAUGACAAAAAAUUGGUGGAUUAUCUGCUCCGCAAAAAAGCUGAUGUACAUGAAAAAAGUCCAUACUGGGGUACAGCUCUUCAUACUGCUGUUAUAAUGGAGAACCUGGCUAUAACUGAAAGUCUAAUAAACUAUGGAGCAGACGUUAAUACUCCACUACUUGUGCAGUCUAAUUGGACCCCCUUCCGGUACAAAUUUUAUCAAAAUGAUGUAGAAAGUGCUGAGCUUUUAUUGGAAAGAUAUGACAAUGUGAAUACGAUCUUGAAUCAGUAUAAAUCGUUUGGUGCCAAAACACCAUUGGAAAUCGCUAUUGAUCAAAGUAAAGAAGAAAUGGUAGAGCUACUUUUGAAAGGUAAUGCUGAUCCGAAUCGUAGUACUCAUUUUUGUGAAACACCACUAAUCUGUGCCAUUAGUAAAAGAAACUUACCGAUUAUAAAGCUUCUUCUAGCAUACGGUGCAGAUGUUAAUCAUGCAAGUGGUUCUUAUUGUUUAAAAGGAAGUCCUCUAUAUUCUGCUGUCCGAUACCGAAACUCGGGAGCAUUAGAAUUGAUCUUAAAUGAUAGUACGGUUGAUAUAAAUAUAGUGACAGCGGAUAAAUGUUCAGUGCUUCAUUACGCAGUUGCCUUGAACGAUGACAAUAUCAUAAGACAACUUCUUAAUGCUGGUGUUGAUAUUAAUUUAAAAAACGAUGAUGGUGACACAGCAUUUACUGUGAAACGAAUUUUCCCACGAAAAAUUAAUGACACAAUUACCGAGCAUAUUGCGAAAUUCAGUGCGGCGAAUUUUUUUGUUAGUGAAGAAAAUUUAGCAGUCGUAAAUCGUGAAAAAUUCGGAAAAUUACGCGACCAGUGUUUAAGCGAAAUUGGAAAAAUGAAGAUAACAUAUGUUGGUAUGAGUAAUGUAACAUUUUAUAAUGUUUUGUGUAAUAGUGAACACAAAUUAGCUUGUUGA